CGGAGCGCUGCGCGGGCUGCACGGCCCCCGGGCGCGGCGCCAUGGCGCGGGGCGGCAAGGCAGCCACAGUGCUGUGCCUGGAUGUGGGCUUUGCCAUGAGCAAUUCUGCUUCUGGAGAGGAGUCCCCGCUUGAACAAGCGAAGAAGGUUAUGACAAAGUUUGUGCAGCGACAGGUUUUUGCUGAAAGUAAAGAUGAAGUUGCUGUAGUUUUGUUUGGCACAGAUGAUACUAAGAAUGACCUGGCCAGUGGGGAUCAAUACCAAAACAUUACUGUACACAGGUCAUUAAUGCUAGCAGAUUUUGAACUGCUGAAAGACAUUGAAGAUGUGAUCAAACCGGGCUCUGAACAAGCAGACUUUCUGGAUGCAAUUAUUGUGUGUAUGGACUUGCUUCAGAAGGAAACAAUAGGCAAGAAAUUUGAAAAGAGACACAUUGAACUGUUUACAGACCUUAGUAGUCCCGUCAGUGAGGAUCAACUGGAAAUUAUCAUUGCUAACUUGAAGAAAACAGGAAUUUCACUUCAGUUUUUCCUGCCAUUUACAGUGGAUGUUGAUGAUGGGGGUGGAGAUGCUGCAAGUGCCAGUGUCUGUUCUGAAAUGCGCAGAAACUCUUUUCCAAGAAAGGGUUUAACUCGGCAACAGAAGGAAGGCAUUGAUGUGGUGAGGAAGCUGAUGCAUACUUUGGAUGAAGAAGGAGGGCUGGAAGAAAUCUAUACUUUCAGAGAGAGCCUGGAGCGUCUUUCAAUGUUUAAGAAAAUAGAAAGAAGACCUACAGCUUGGCCCUGCCAGCUCACUAUUGGUUCUAACUUAUCUAUAAGAAUUGUGGCCUACAAAUCAGUCACAGAAGAGAAGUUGAAAAAGGUUUGGACAGUUGUGGAUGCUAAAACCCUCAAAAAAGACGAUGUGCAAAGAGAAACUGUUUACUGCUUGAAUGAUGAUGAUGAGACAGAGGUUCAGAAAGAUGAUACUCUUCAAGGGUUUCGCUACGGGAGUGAUAUAGUUCCUUUUUCCAAGGAAGAUGAAGAGCAAAUGAAAUACAAAACAGAAGCAAAAUGUUUUUCUGUUUUGGGAUUCAGCAGAUCCUCUCAGAUCCAGAGGCAUUACUACAUGGGCAACCAGGUUCUGAAGGUCUUUGCAGCCAAAGAUGAUGAGAAUGCAGCAGUUGCUUUUUCUGCCCUUGUUCAUGCACUGGAUGAGUUGAACGUGGUAGCUGUAGUGCGUUAUGCUUAUGAUAGAAGAUGCAACCCACAAGUUGGGGUAGCUUUUCCAUAUAUUAAGGAUGCAUACGAGUGUCUCAUCUAUGUGCAACUACCCUACAUGGAAGACUUAAGACAGUACGUAUUUUCAUCCUUGAAAAACAAUAAAAAAUGCAUUCCUACAGCGGAUCAGUUAUCUGCUGUUGACUCUCUGAUUGAUUCUAUGAAUUUGGUUUAUGAAGAUGAUGAUGGAGAAAGUUUUGAGGACCUAUUUAAGCCCAGCAAAAUCCCAAACCCUCAUUUUCAGAGGUUGUAUCAGUGCUUGCAGCAUAAGGCUUUUCACCCCAAUGAGCCAUUGCCGCCAGUUGAACAGCACCUUUUAGAGAUGCUGGAGAUUCCCCAUGUGGUAAAAGAAAGGUGUCAGGCUACUCUUGAAAAAGUAAAAGCACUUUUCCCUCUAAAGGAAGUUGGCAAGAAAAAAGAAGAGAUGACUGCUCAAGACAUCUUCAAAGACAACAGUGAAGAUGGACCUAAUGCUAAGAAACCAAGGCUUGAAGAUGAGGAAGGUAGCUUUAGCAUCAUGAAACUUGCUGAAGGAAAUGUCACCUCAGUUGGGAGCGUUAACCCAGCAGAAGACUUCCAAAUUCUGGUGAGGCAAAGAAGUGCUGACUUCAAAGAUGUGAGUCAGCAGCUGAUAAACCGCAUUGAUCAGUUCCUAGAAAAUAAAGGUUCACAAUACUACAUGAAAGGGAUCAAUUGCAUCAGAGUUUUCAGAGAGGAGGCCAUUAAGCUGUCCAAGGUGCAGUGCUUUAAUGAUUUUCUGCAGGCUCUGAAAUCAAAGGUGGAAGAUAAAGCCUUAGCUGAUUUCUGGGAGAUCAUGAUACAAGACAGAAUUUCUUUGAUCACUAAAGAUGAAGCAGAAGGAAGUUCAGUGACUAGUGAAGAGGCUGAAAAGUUCUUGGCUCCAAAAGUAAAGAAAAAUGAACCUGUGCCUCCCACAGAUGAAGGUGGUGAUGUUGAUGAUUUGCUGGACAUGAUGUGAUUUGGUGUUAUGUGGUGACUAAAACAAGCCAAGCUUUGGAGGAUUUCUGUGAGAUGAGGCACAAAACAGGAUGCUAAUGAGAAGACAGUAUAUCCAUCUUUAUUUUCUUUAAUGACAGCAGAAAUCGCAGAGACAUUUGCAGUUGGUAUAAAUGUCAUCUGACCUUUCAAACUAGAACAGAGGAUUGAAAUAAUAUCAAGUUCUUGUGAAGUAAUGAUACCUUUAAGGCAUCUUUUUUCUUUUCCUUUAGCACACUGAAUCUAGCUUAUCCUUGGUAUUGCUUUCAGCAAAACGCUACUAAAUUUAAUGAGCGUCUGUGCUGGCGCCUGAAAUUCUUGUUACAUUGCCUGGGAAGGAAGAUAGAAAUGUCACCAUGAGGUUACCAGGUACUGCUGAAUCUUUAGUGGAGGUAAUGCCAUAUGUUCUUACAGAUGGGAAAAAGUCUCUAUUUUCAUGCUUUUUUCCUAUUAGAAAACUCCACAGAUGCUUUUGGGAAAAAAACUCUAGGCCAGCAAGUCACAAAGUAAUAGUUUGAAAUACACAACCAAAUGUGCUGAUCUUGCCACACUGUGCUCAGAUCAAUAAUUAUGGUAAUCUCUGUACUGUCUGUCUUGUCAGUUCAGCAGCAGCUCUACCGUUUCUGUCCUUUUUUAAAAAAAUACAUUUUCCUGUUUCAUGUGCUGGGAUUUCUGAUAUUUUUUUUUAUACUUUUAACUACUGCAGUUACUGUAGAUUCUGCUGGUGCUACAGGAAUGAAUGAAUCAGUUAUGUCCCCUUGUCAUACCCUGCAGAUAACUGCUAUCACAGAGCAUAAGAAUCCAUGAAAGAUGUAUACCUGUGAUAGACAAUUGGUAAUAGUUGACAUUGGUAACCAAAAUGGAGUGCUGUCUACACAGAACAAUCCAAAGUAGUCAAUACUGCUUAGAAAGAGAUACUCAAGUUUGAUUACAAAUCUGGGGAGAUAUUAAUGACACCUUCACAGAUGCUUGUUUAUUACAACCAUGUUCUCUCUUUUCAGUGCUGUUCUUUUAUUAUUGACAAUGUAUAAAUGGUAUAAAGAUCAUAAAAAGGAAAAAAAAUCAUGACCUGUACUUAUAAAAAAUGUUUUGGAAUAUCUGCACUUUAUACUGAACAACAGCUAAUGUGUGAGAAACAGCAAUUGCUUUUUGUCCCUACCUCCCUACACAGCAACCUCCUCUCUUCUCUCUUACAUCCUGUGCUGACUGAGUUCAUGCAGACUUUGAAAGGGUUUCUCAAAUGCAGGUGGCAAGAAGUGAUCCUUCCAGACCUUUAGAGCAUUUGUCACCAGAAGAUACUUUUCUGAACUGUAAAUAAGAUAUAUUUUGUUAGUCCAUUGUUUUUAAUAUCUUUUAAGGCCAAUUCAAAGUGUAUACCACUGUUUUGGGGUUUUCUUAAGUUUUAUUAAUUUGAUCAAUAAAAUAUUUUAAAACUGGC